UAGAACUACUUGUAUCAUCCACUUGUUUUAUGAUGCUAAUGUCUGCAGAGAGCUUUUAAUCCAAGUUUUUCCACAUAUAACCAUUACCCCAGAAUCUCUCUGGUUCUAUUCAAAUAUCACACGCUUUAGCCGUUAAGAAUCAAGGUAGGAAAAAAAUGGAAGCUGUCAAGUUGGUCUCCAGUGAUCCAAGUGAGAGAAGAGACACAUACCGAGUUGCUUACAUAAUCCAUUUCUUGCUUGGUGCUGGAAACUUGCUUCCUUGGAAUGCGUUAAUCACAGCAGUUGAUUACUUUGCCUACCUCUAUCCAACCAACCACAUUGAAAAGGUUUUCUCUGUGGCUUAUAUGACUUCAUCUGUGGUAGUACUUCUUGUGAUGAUGAGUUGGGGAGGUUGGAGUAAAACAACAUUGAGGUUGAGAAUGAACUUGGGAUUUUCUAUGUUUGUUAUGUCUCUGAUGAUAGCUCCUGUCAUAGACUGGGCCUCCAGCAGCACCAAGCUAAAAGAGAGACCAAGUGGUGCCUAUGGCUUGACAGUUGCAGCAGUGGUAAUAUGUGGUUUAGCAGAUGGCUUGGUUGGUGGAAGCUUGAUAGGAUCAGCUGGAAAGCUUCCAAAACAGUAUAUGCAAGCCGUUUUUGCUGGAACUGCUUCCUCAGGUAUUAUAAUUUCAAUGUUGAGGAUAAUAACCAAGGCAUCACUCCCGCAAACCCCAAAGGGCCUCAAAAUAAGUGCCCACUUGUACUUCAUGGUUGCCACACUUUUCCUCCUAUGUUGCAUCGUCUUUAGCAACUUGCAGCACAAGUUACCAGUCAUGCAGCAGUAUCAUCAGAGUCUUCCUCAGGAGAGCACCUUAUGCUCAGGGACAAAAUUUUGGGCAGUGGCAGGAAAAAUUAAGAGGCCAGCUUUUGGAAUUUUCAUAAUCUACAUAGUGACUCUGUCUAUUUUCCCAGGAUUUAUUGCGGAAGAUCUCGAAUCCAAGAUUCUUAAGGAUUGGUAUCCUAUUUUACUGAUAACAGUUUAUAACUUAGCUGAUUUGAUAGGGAAGUCAUUAACUGCCUUCUAUGUUCCACAAUCUAUCACAAGGGCAAUAUGGGCCGCCACGGCCAGGCUUCUAUUCUAUCCACUAUUUAUAGUUUGUCUUCAUGGACCCAAGUGGAUGAAAACAGAAGUACCAAUGGUGGUUCUGACAUUUAUGCUUGGAUUUACCAAUGGGUACCUCACCAGUGUUCUUAUGAUUCUAGCACCCAAGUCAGUGCCAUUCACAGAAUCAGAGUUAUCUGCUAUUGUGAUGACCGUGUUCCUUGGCUUCGGCUUGGUUGGCGGUUCAGUCUUGGGCUGGUUCUGGAUCUUAUGAAGGCCAACUUCCGCUGUAAUAAAAUGAGCAAAAGGCAGUAGCAUUCAUUGUAGACCGUAAGGCAAGAAAACAAUAGCUCCGUGGCCCCAACUAGGUUGUUAGUUUAUUAGUUCUCUUAUGUUCUAAGUGACAAAUCUGACCACGCCAGAACAUGAGAAACGCGGAGAUUAUUAGGCAUGUAAAAUGUACUGUAACGAAUCAGUGUACUGUGAAUGAAA